AUGAACUCCCAGCCAACAGUUUCUGGGUUCUCGGCACAACGGCGGGCAGCGAGGCCAGAGGCCACGCCUGUACGCCGCGAGACCAGAGGCCACGCCAGUACGCCGCGAGACCAGAGGCCACGCCAGUACGCCGCGAGACCAGAGGCCACGCCAGUACGCCGCGAGACCAGAGGCCACGCCUGUACGCCGCGAGACCAGAGGCCACGCAAGUACGCCGCGAGACCAGAGGCCACGCCAGUACGCCGCGAGACCAGAGGCCACGCCAGUACGGCCGCGAGACCAGAGGCCACGCCUGUACGCCGCGAGACCAGAGGCCACGCCUGUACGCCGCGAGACCAGAAGCCACGCCUGUACGCCGCGAGACCAGAGGCCACGCCUGUACGCCGCGAGACCAGAAGCCACGCCUGUACGCCGCGAGACCAGAGGCCACGCCUGUACGCCGCGAGACCAGAGGCCACGCCUGUACGCCGCGAGACGAGAGGCCACGCCUGUACGCCGCGAGACCAGAGGCCACGCCUGUACGCCGCGAGGCCAGAGGCCACGCCAGUACGCCGCGAGACCAGAGGCCACGCCUGUACGCCGCGAGACCAGAAGCCACGCCAGUACGCCGCGAGACCAGAGGCCACGCCUGUACGCCGCGAGACCAGAGGCCACGCCUGUACACCGCGAGACCAGAGGCCACGCCAGUACGCCGCGAGACCAGAGGCCACGCCUGUACGCCGCGAGACCAGAGGCCACGCCUGUACGCCGCGAGACCAGAGGCCACGCCAGUACGCCGCGAGACCAGAGGCCACGCCUGUACGCGGCGAGACCAGAGGCCACGCCUGUACGCCGCGAGACCAGAGGCCACGCCAGUACGCCGCGAGACCAGAGGCCACGCCUGUACGCCGCGAGACCAGAGGCCACGCCAGUACGCCGCGAGAGGAGCUCCCUGGCGGCUGCCCGCGUGUACCUCCCAACGGGUCCGGUAAGAGCUCCCUGGCGGCUGCCCGCGUGUACCCUCCCAACGGGUCCGGUAAGAGCUCCCUGGCGGCUGCCCGCGUGUACCCUCCCAACGGGUCCGGUAAGAGCUCCCUGGCGGCUGCCCGCGUGUACCCUCCCAACGGGUCCGGUAAGAGCUCCCUGGCGGCUGCCCGCGUGUACCCUCCCAACGGGUCCGGUAAGAGCUCCCUGGCGGCUGCCCGCGUGUACCCUCCCAACGGGUCCGUACAAGACAAGAGCAAUACUGCAGAGCCAGGUAAUAAAAUCAAUGAGAGCAACAGUGGGAAAGAAUGCAUAAAAGAAAGAAUUGGGACGAAAAACGGAGAUGGCUUCAAUAAAGAGGCGGCCAAGACAAGCGCAGCGGCGCUCCGAGGCUCCUACUUGGGCACUCAACAGCGCCCGGAGGGACCUCCCACUCUCCUCCACUCCCAUACUGACACACUGGGACCUCCUCCCACAUGUUCCAGCGCCCAGGCACCAGUUGCCACAUGUUCCAGCGCCCAGGCACCAGCUGCCACAUGUUCCAGCGCCCAGGCACCAGUUGCCACAUGUUCCAGCGCCCAGGCACCAGUUGCCACAUGUUCCAGCGCCCAGGCACCAGCUGCCACAUGUUCCAGCGCCCAGGCACCAGCUGCCACAUGUUCCAGCGCCCAGGCACCAGCUGCCACAUGUUCCAGCGCCCAGGCACCAGCUGCCACAUGUUCCAGCGCCCAGGCACCAGUUGCCACAUGUUCCAGCGCCCAGGCACCAGUUGCCACAUGUUCCAGCGCCCAGGCACCAGUUGCCACAUGUUCCAGCGCCCAGGCACCAGUUGCCACAUGUUCCAGCGCCCAGGCACCAGUUGCCACAUGUUCCAGCGCCCAGGCACCAGUUGCCACAUGUUCCAGCGCCCAGGCACCAGUUGCCACAUGUUCCAGCGCCCAGACACCAGUUGCCACAUGUUCCAGCGCCCAGGCACCAGUUGCCACAUGUUCCAGCGCCCAGGCACCAGUUGCCACAUGUUCCAGCGCCCAGGCACCAGUUGCCACAUGUUCCAGCGCCCAGGCACCAGUUGCCACAUGUUCCAGCGCCCAGGCACCAGUUGCCACAUGUUCCAGCGCCCAGGCACCAGUUGCCACAUGUUCCAGCGCCCAGACACCAGUUGCCACAUGUUCCAGCGCCCAGACACCAGUUGCCACAUGUUCCAGCGCCUAG